AUGCCUCCCAGAGCGAGGCCUGUUAAGCCAGCUAACAAGAUGGUCACUGAUGAUGCCGCUGCUGCUGCUGCUGCUACGCUGAAGACUCCUGCUGCUGGUCCGUCGGCUCGCCCUGCAUCUGUUACGGCUGUUCCGUCGAAGUCGUCACGCACUCUGUUUGCGGAGGAUGACUCUGAGUCGCUAACGCUGUCUGCUAAGCUCGCGGCUCUCCGGAUCGAGCAGGCUGCUGGUGGGAAAGCAGAUAAAGGCAAGGCGAAGGACACGGAUUUCAAGGAUGCUGUGUCAGACGCGGAAGAUGAUGCUGCUGGUGAUGAGGAUCAGGACGCACCUGACGCUGCACGCUGCGUCAACUUCAUGGAUGAUGAGGAUGAUGGCCUCCAGGCGCAUGACCCGAAGGAGUGCUUCGAGGAUAAGGCGAAGGAGGAUCUGGCGGCGAAGCUUCGCUGCGUAUCUCCCACCUGUGCAGUGGCUGCGACUGUAGCCACAACGACAACCAGGAUCAUCCUCAAGGAUCCCGUGCUGGUGCUGGUCUCAACGGCAGGGAACAGGGAGGAAUGGGUCUGCCUGCUGGAGUGUUGCGAGAAGGCGAAAGGUUCCUCCUUCGAGCAGGCUGCGCAUCAUGCGCUUUCCCAGCGCCAUCGGGGAGGGCUGGGGAAUCAGGGUGCUGCCACGCAUGUACUCAAGGACAAGCUGAAUCUCCGUGUGCUGCGCAAGGAAGUUGCUUUCUUCAGAGACGUGCUGGGCCCGUUCCUGUCUGGGCUGAACUGCAGUGGCAAGCUGAUGCUGGCCGGGGACCUUAUUGUUGUGGAGGACCCUGACCUGGACAAGUCCCCGGGGUUCGUCCGGGGAAAAUGGCAGAAACCGGACCUGCCGAAAACGCUGCGGGAUCGGGAAAAAGAGGAGCUUGAGGCUGACUGGACAAAGGAAGAAGUGAAAAAGGCGUUGAAGGAGAUGGCGUGUGAUAAAUCCCCAGGUGGUGACGGUUUACCGAAGGAGCUCUUUGAGCGCCACUGGGACCUACUAAGGAAGGAUUUCAUGGGCUUCAUUAAACAGUUCGAAUCCUCAGCGGUUCUUCCGGAGGAAGUGCAGGAGGUGGUGACCAUCCUGCUAUACAAAAAGGGGCCAAGGGAGCAGGUGCAUAAUUAUCGACCGAUUACCCUACUGUCAAGUUGCUACAAGGUGGUUGCGAAGCUGCUGGCUAACCGCAUGAAGCAAGUUUUAGGCACGGUCAUCUCGGAGGAGCAGCACAGGUUCCUUCCAGGCAGGCGGCUCUCGGACGCGGUGUCAACAGUUGCGGAUGUGAUAGAAGCUGCAAACAAUAACAAGGAGGACUGGUAUCUGCUUAUGAUCGAUUUUCAGAAGGUAUUCGACUCUGUGUCGCGUUCGUUCUUGUUUGACACGAUGGCGCUGAUGGGAUUCCCGAGCAAGUUCAUCCGGUGGUGCGAGGGGCUGCAUGAUGGUUCCUUCACUCGUCUGCUGGUGAACGGGUGGCUGGGGGACCGGGUGGACGUCCGCAAGGGGGUUCGGCAGGGGUGUCCUCUGGCCCCCUACCUCUUCUUGUGCGCGGUGGAACCGAUCUGCCAGGAGGCAAAACGCAGGAAGUUAGGCAUCAAUGAUCACCACGCCGACAGAUUGGCUUACCUUGGUUACGCGGAUGACACGACGCUUGUGUUGAAAGGGAAGAGGCAGAUUGAGAGAGCGGAGGAACUGCUGGAGGAGUUCGGAGCUCGGUCCGGCCUCCGCGUCAACAAAGACAAGUCGGCGCUACUCCCACUAGGGGCUAACCUGAAAGAGACGAGAAGCGUGAGUUCAGACUUCGCGUGGGUGAAUCCAAAAGACGCGGAGAGACUUCUGGGUGUUUGGGUCUCCCCCUCUAGAAGCGCGGAAGUUACCUGGGAUAAGGCGCUGGCUAGGGCGGCGGAGGAGCUCGUGAAGUGGCAGUCGCACCACUUAGCCACGACGGCGAGAGUAGCGGUUGUUAACGCUUACGUCUGCCCAAACCUAGAGUUUCAAGGGCAGAUUUACCCUCCGUCAGAGAGCGUGUGGAAGCGGAUCAUGAAGCUGCUAGUCAACUUCAUCUCUGGCAACAAGGCAUCGGCGGAGCGGCAUUUUAUGCUCUGGAGCAGGGAACUGAUCUUCAGACCUUGGAAGGACGGAGGGUUGGGGUUUGGCGUGCCCCUGGUGGGGGUGGCGGAGACAACUGCGGUUCUCCCCCUGGACAAGGUGGAGGCGUUGAUGGUGAGGGGCGGAAGGGUGAUUGGAGCGGGUGGCCUCCACGAGGUACGGCUGUGCUGCUCAGAGCUCUGCAUGGAGGAUCAGCUCCCCCCCCUCAAACAGCUGAGGUUGCUUUUUGGCGCACAGCAAGGGGUGAUGCAGCAGUAG